GACCCUAAAGUUGGUGGUACUUAUUUCGAUAUUGGGCUUAACAACAUGCCAAUCAACAUACGUAGGAACAGCGGCGCGGCGAGCCGCUCGUCAACUACGGCCUGAUGCUGCACGACGACUCGCUUAAGUUCCAGGACAGAAUACGCAAGAUGGAGGGCAACCUUAAGUCAUCGAGCGACAACGUGCGCGCUCUGCGGCGCGUGAACGUGGCCCUGAGCGAAGAGCUGCAUGCGCUUCGGCGCGUGUGCGCAGCGCUCGAUGAACAGUGCCGCGCAGCCGCACUUCGAGCUACCUUCAAAGAUGAGAUUAUCAGGGAGAUGAGACGACAACUCAAACAGGCUAAAGCUAAGUUAAAGGAAACGGAGAACUCAUCCACAAAGAAUCCAAACCUGGAUCAGAAACUCCGUAGCGAAGUGUCGUACAGCUCUCUACCAGUGGCAGUACGUUCGCAGCCACGGCGCACGCGCAGUCCUGAAGAAUCGGUGUAUCCGUUACAUGAUUCCGACGACUGCCACAGCCCCAGGUUGGAUGGAUCAGGCGAUGAUUGCCUUUGAGGGAAAGCCAUUCUAAUCCCCUACGAUAGUUCGAGUCUACUUACGUGUUUGAACUUCUGGUGAUAGUUAAUUAUUUUAACGUUAGUACUGCAACAUCCGGCUAAUCGGCCUUUAAACAUGGAAUCUCCACGUACCUAUUUUGUACAUUUUGGAUAGUUGGAGUCACACAAUGGAUGUAGAUAUACGCGGCAAAACAUGACCUAUGAGUUUUACAGGGGAGUGUGAUGUAAAAACCAGUAGUUAAAACACAGUUAAGCUCUUAAACAAUAUUUGUCAAAGUUUUGUUUAUGGGUAGUCCGAAGGUUGUCCA